GUUUCUGACAUUUUGUGCGAAAAACGAAUGUGCGUUUGUGUCGUUCCCGUAGCAGCACCAUUUUUCGCUUCACAUUGUGCAAGUAAAAUUUCUAUUAUUUUGCUAUAUAAAUUUGGGUACAGACCAAAUAAUUGCGCUCGUCUGAUUGGAAAUAUUCAACGGUAGUGUGAAACUGUGAUAAACGCUUUAUCAAAAUGCCUAGAGGAAAAUAUGUUAACCACAAAGGACGCAAUCGUCACUUCACUAGCCCGGAAGAACUCGAAGCGGAGCGGGCAAACGAAUCAAAGAAAAAAUGGCGGAAUACCCGUGAAGAAUCUUCAGAAGAAGAGGACGAUGAGGAGGGAAGCGCUGAAGGAAGUGAAGAAUCCGAGGAGGAAUCUGAAGAAGAAGUCAAAGGAGCGGGAGCCUUGAUCGAAAUCGAGAAUCCUAAUCGACAGUCGAAGAAGGCAUUCGUAAAGGCCACAAAUGUGGAAGAGACUGACGCACCUCAGCUUUCUCGCCGAGAAAAGGAGCAGAUUGAAAAGCAGAAAGCUCAUGCUGCCUAUAUGAAACGGCAUGCCGAGGGGAAGACUUCCCAGGCGAAAGCUGACUUGGCUCGAUUGGCUAUCAUCAAGCAGCACCGAGCGGAAGCGGCCGCUCGUCGAGAGGCUGAGAAGAAAGCUAAGGACGCAAAGUAAGCACCCAGUAGCGUAGAAUUCGGAAUCCGUAUAGCUGAUUUUAACCGGCCUGUAAAGUAACUGGAUCACUUGAGCAGUUUUUGUUUGCAUAAAUAUCUUUACAAUAAUCGGCUCACAUCAGGCGAGGUAUGUAUUUUAUAUCAUACAAUCUUUCGUAAGCACCAAAACAAAAAGAUAUUAAAAAUCAAAUAAAAACUGCCAUCUCGGUCCUUAGCAAAUUAUAAUUCGAUUGGAUCUAUCAGAUAAUAUAGCUUCCCUCCUGGAAACAGUCGAUAAAUCACAGAGAGCACUAUGUAUUGUAUACCUUAUACUUUCUCAGUUUUUGUUAAACUCUUGUUGAGCAUUAAACCAUUGAACUUGACUAAACUAUCGAAGAGACAACAAUAUGUUCACAAAUUUACUUAACAAGGAGUUUAUAACCGAAUCUGGUUUGAUGUUCAACAGAUGUAAAAUCUAUCAGCCAUAAGAUACAAGAAGCAGAAGUUUAUUACACACUAUCAAUUGGAAAUGUAAUAAAAUCCUUGCACAGCACGAAAAAAAAUCAAAAACUUGCUACGGAACGAACGCAG